AUGUCAACAACAACCCCCUUCAUCCCCACCUGGAACCCCAAACCCUUCCCAGGCAUCUCCCUCUCCGCCGGUGGCCUCUUGGCGCUCGCAGACCUCCAAACGAUAGCCAAACGCACCGCCAUCACCGGCGGCGCCUCCUGGGCGGACGCCUUCCUCCUCGCCCCCGGCCUUCACUACCAGCAGGCAGCCGGGGAUUUGUUCCGCAAAGGCGGUAGUGGUGGUGCUUCGGCCAUAACCAAAAUAGUAGAUCAAUCCUCCCCUGACAGAGAGGUGACCCUCCAGCUCAACAACGCCGCCACGGCAGAAUACAUCCAGUCGAUCGCCAAGCCAGGACAAGAAGUGGUGCUUGAUAUUGGGCGGGUCAGGGAGACAACAAGGGGGAAAAGGUAUUUCUUGCGACGGAGCAACGGCGGGAGGAGUGCGGUUGCCUGGUCGGAGGAGGAAGAGGGGGUGGAUGGAGGGUUGGGGUGGGUUUCGCACGUGUUAUAUCUCUCGACGCUGUUUUUGACAAUGGGGACGAUACAAGAGCUGAUGAUGAUAAAAGGGUGGUGCCUCAUGUCUAUACUGGGCUACAUGACCUCCCGCCUGCUAAACAUCUGCAUUAUCAAACGGCGGACCUCCCAGCAACCUAGAGAUCCCUCCCCUUCCCGUUCCCCUAAGCAAUCCAAAAGUGGCUCCCGCCAUCGCAGUCGCAGCCGGGUGUCCGAGUAUGCACGCCGCGCAGCGACGUAUCUUGUUUCUUUUGGUGAUGAUAAUAAGACUGCUGUGAGGCUGAGGGGGAAGAUGUCUGAUCUUGGGGCGGUCACGUCUGAUGCUUGGUUGAGGAGUAAGACCAACGUCGAGGGGUACUUGGAAGCGACGGCGAAAUUGAUAGUAUGGGUGGUGGCAGCCUUGUCAGGGAAUAUGACACAGGUGGGGAGUCUGAUGAUGAUGGUGUUGUUGAUAUUGUCAGCGGGCUUGCUGGCGGUGAGUAAUAGUCGAGCUGGAGGGGUGAGGGUUAAUGGGCGGGUUGCGAAACUGGGAAAGGGGGAUGUGGAACAGGGGGAGAAAAGAGGGGGCUUAGGGUCGACGACAAGUGUUGACAGUGUGGGGAGCGGAGAUGGAAGAAGGAGGGGAAGGGGGGAUGAGUGCAGGCCUGCUACUGCCGCUGUGGAUUCGAGGGCGGGAGAGGACGGGGCGGAUUCGGCGGAGAGAGGUGAGGCCGGGCAUGGUGGCCAGGUGCGUGUUAAGUGGAAGGAAAGUUUGGAGCGGAGGCCGGAUCAGCAUGUGUAA